UUUUUCAGGCCACAUGAAAAUAAAACCUAUCUUGCUGUUGGGAGUAUGAAGACGUUAAUGUUGAAUGUGUCCCUGUUUAAUGCUGGAGAUGACGCGUUCGAAACAGCUCUGCAUGUCAUGCUACCCACAGGUCUUUACUUCGUUAAGAUUUUAGACCUAUUGUUUCAUUUUUUUCCUUUUAGGAAGAGAAACAAAUAAACUGUGAAGUAACAGACAACUCUGGUGUAGUAAAGCUUGACUGCAAUGUUGGUUAUAUAUAUGUAGAUCAUCUGUCAAGGAUAGAUAUUAGCUUUCUCCUGGAUGUGAGUUCACUCAGCAGAGCAGAAGAAGACCUCAACAUCACAGUGCAUGCCACCUGUGAAAAUGAAGGGGAAAUGGAUGCUUUAAAGCAUAACAAAGUGACUUUAGCGAUUCCUCUCAAGUAUGAGGUUAUGCUCACUGUUCAUGGGUUUGUAAACCCAACUUCAUUUGUGUAUGGACCGACUGAUGAAAAUGAGCCUGAGAACUGCAUGGCAGAGAAAAUGAACUUCACUUUCCAUGUUAUCAACACUGGCAAUAGCAUGGCUCCAAAUGUUAGUGUGGAAAUAAUGGUACCCAAUUCUUUUAUUCCCCAAACUGAUAAGCUGUUCAACAUUUUGGAUGUCCAGCCUACGACUGGAGAAUGCCAUUUUAAAACUUACCAAAGAGAGUGUGCAUUAGAACGGCCGAAGGGUGCAAUGGAAACCUUGAAAGGCAUCUUCACAUUUUUAUCAAAGACUGAUAAGAGGCUAUUGUACUGCAUAAAAGCUGAUCCACAUUGUUUAAGUUUCUUAUGCAAUUUUGGGAAAAUGGAAAGUGGAAAAGAAGCCAGUGUUCACAUUCAGUUGGAAGGCCGACCAUCUAUCUUAGAAAUGGAUGAGACCUCAGCACUCAAGUUUGAAAUAAGAGCAACAGCUUUUCCAGAGCCAAAUCCAAAAGUUAUUGAACUAAACAAGGAUGAGAAUGUUGCACAUGUUCUACUGGAAGGAAUACAUCAUCAAAGACCCAGACGUCAUUUCACUAUAGUGAUCAUGUCAAGUAGCUUGCUACUUGGACUUAUUGUGCUUUUAUUGAUUUCUUAUGUUAUGUGGAAGGCUGGCUUCUUUAAAAGACAAUAUAAAUCUGUCCUACAAGAGGAAAACAGAAGAGACAGUUGGAGUUACAUCAACAGUAAAAGCAACAAUGAUGAUUAAAGACUUCUUUCAAAUUGAGAAAACAGACUCAGGUUAUAUCAAAAACAAUUUAAGACACUGUUUACAAGAAAACAUGAAUUUUGUUCAGAUUUCUU